AUGGCGCUGGCGGUGGUGGCUGCGUGGGCGGUAUGGCUCGUGCACAAGUGCGCGGUGCUGGCGACGAGGUUCGAGGUGGAGAGUGGAUGCGAACGGCUGGCCGACGGCGGGGAGCCGAUCGAGCUUCUGGACGGCUUCACCACACACUCGCGGAGCCUGACUGCCAAGCACAAGUUUACGUAUCCGGUGUGGAUGGUGCUGGCGGAGAUGACCGAGGAUGACGACGACGACGAUGGCGACGGCGAACUCUCGCCGUGGAUGCGGCGGCUGGCGCGCGACGGCUCGAGGCUCGGCGGGUGGUUUGGGGUGCGGACCGGCGUGGAUGACGAGGUGUGGGGCGCAGGGACAGUGGGCCAGCCGGUGGCGAGGCGGGUGCGUGCAGUGGUGGCGGCGCAUGCGCCCGAGGCAGCGCCGGUGGCGCGGGUCUUCAUGCUCUCGAGCGCACAGGCUGCGGGCAUGCUUUUCAACCCGAUCACGGUCUUCUACUGCUACGAUGGCGACGACAAGCUCGCGUGGCUGGUUGCCGAGGUGACCAACACGCCGUGGGGUGAGCGGGUGGUGUACGUGCUCCCGAGCGACGGCGAGAAGCGUGUCCGCAAGGCCAUGCACGUCUCGCCGUUCAACACCAUGGGCUACGACUACGAGUUCCAGUUCAACGAUCCGCGGAGUGGCGACGGCAGCGCUCUCUCGCUGACGAUCACGCUGAGGAGCGACGAUGACGAUGCGGCGGCCAUGUACGCGUGCCUUGUGCUUCGUCCGGUGGCGGCGAGCUCGCGGCGGGCGUUUCUGGCGCACAAGGCGCUGACAGCGCUGCCGCCUGCGGUGGUCACCUGGCUCCGGAUCCACUUUGAGGCUGCGGUGUUGUUUGGGUGGCGGCGAGUCCCGUUUGUCAACCAUCCCAAGUACAGCGGAGGAGAGUAGCUGUGGUUUGCGAGGUGGGUGUUCAUUGCUCGGCCGAGACGCGGCGCGCGGGCUUGUCGGAGCGUGUUGGCGAGGAGCUUGUGGCCUUUGGCUGCGGCACAAAGGCCUCGUUGUAGUCGAGGGCGGUGCGCAUGUCCUGGUGGUCGAUGGACUUGAUACCGUGCGGGGCGAGGAGGUUGAGGAGGUAGGCGCGGACCUCUUCGACGACGUCGAGGCGCGAGGCGUCCAUGGACCAGAUGGCGACUGAGUUGCCCUUGCGGGCGCGCAUCUGGAGGGUGAUGCCCGAGAUAAAGUCGAGGUGAACAAACGAG